GUUUUUCAAACAUGUGUGGAAAGAGGGAGUGACUUUUAUUUUGCUGUCAACACACAAAAGACGGGAUAAUUAACACCCAUCAAAGAGGACCCUGGAUUGGUGAUGUCAGGUGAACGGCUGCCUCUUAUUGGUUCAUCUGGGAAUAAAACAACAGCCAAGCCCCAUCUCUCCUCCCCAGCCCUCCAACGCCCCCGUCAGGCAAACAGCCGAAAGCGCAGCCAGCAGCAGCAGACGUCUUCAUCUUCCUCUUACCCUCACACCGGGCCUGCUUCCAUCCUCCUCUCAGACACCACCAUGACACCUUGGGGAGGCCUGGCUCUCUCAGAAUCCUCGUUUACAUCAAUCCCCCUGCCUCCACCUCCCCGGUCCGUCCCACCUCCACCCCCUCCUGCUCCUCAGCCCACACCCUCCACACCGUAUCAAGAACGAGAGAACGAAGAUGUUUCCAGCUCCAGUUUUAACUCUGAGGCUCCUUCUCCUCCUGUUGUGAUCCCUCAGGACCACGCAGGUGGAGUAGGUAGAGGGUUCAGACCAAGACGAAGAGUGUUGCCACAGUGUCGUGUGCCUCGCCCUCCUCGUCUCCCUCCUCUACGUCCCGUCACUAACCUCAGCUUCUCUCGGAGCUUCACCUUCUCUUUCUUCGAGCUGCCGCUGCAUCAGUCACCUCGCCAUCGAGCAGAGCGCGUCAGAAACCUCAUGGUGCUGCUGAGGCAGAUGCACUACUGAAGAAUUAGUUAUUCAGGAGCAAGCUGUCCAUGCAUUUUGCCUCUACUGGACAUGACAGCUGAAGAGCCACAGUACACGUGGGAGGAAAGAGAGCAAGGCUGACACGCACCAGAGGACUACACCUCUGGAGACUGAGGGUCAAGCAAUGAGGACUGCUGCCUCUGCAUAGGGUCCUUGCUCUACUGACUUCAGUGAGCAGGUUCCCUUUGAAUCAUCCUCUUGAUGGGAAUAAAGAUUCUGCUCUUUCUAGACUUUAUACCAUACUCUUGUUUUAUUAGUGCUUUAUUUGUAGCUCCAAAAAGGUCUAACUCAUCCCAGUUUCUGUGUUUACUGUUAAUAAACGAAGCUGAAAGGGUAUCCUCACAUAUUUUAAUACAGCACAUUAGGUUAAGACUUUUGAACAUUGUUUUUACUUAUAGAGAACAUCUCUCCUAACUAUAUAUGAGGUUUCUGACCCUGUAAACUGGAGACCUUCAGCUGAACGUGUCAGUGUUUGUGGAGUUUACACAGCUGUUGAAACACAG